ACGCCUGCCAUGUGAACUACGGCAGACUAGUGUUAGGCGACUUGAACGCACGAGUGGGCCGAGCAGGUCCUGGUGAAGGAGGGUAAUAGGAUUGCACGGCCGAGCGCGGGAAGCCGCGUGCGAGGUGGAAAGACCAAACAGGGAUCCGCUGUUCGAACCACGCUUUGGGAAUGGUACGGCCAUUGCAAACAUGUUGACAUCACAAAGACUGGAACACAGUAGUUCUUUUAAGGAUGUCUGGAUCACCGCGCAGGCUCCGAUCGACAUCCUGGCGCACAGCAUGUUUCAUGCCUUCUUGUGCACGCCGGGUGCGGCAGAGUUCACCAGGUCGCUUCGGAGCCGGCGUGGUGCAGCGUUGGUUUCCCAUCGGGUCCGGGUCGCUGGCGCUAUGACGCUGGAGAUGCCUUUUGACACGCGGCAGAACUACCUUACGUCGGUUACAGCAGCAUUUGAUGACGAGGAGGUCCACGAUUUUUUCAUUGACGUACUCGUGCAGAACAUCGAGCCGGAAUUGCCAGAAUUGCAUUUUUCCACGGACGUACUCUUACAGAAGUGACGA